CGACAACAGCGCCUCAGCGUUUCGAACAUCAUCUCGGGCGCCGCCCUUCUCUGGAGCCGCGCGCGCACCACGCGUAUGGCCCGCGAGCUCUCCGGCAGGGCACCCUGCCGGGCGACCGGCGCCGAGCCAUGGCGGCGGCUCGCGACGGGCGCCCCUCGCCAGGGGCUUGCCCCGACGAGGCCAGGAGAAGGCGGCGGCGCGGCCUGCUUGCUGGAGCGCUGGCCCGCGCGCCUCGUCCCGAGGCACGCCCGUCGCGGGAAGUACCGCCCGCUCGAGGCCACGCUGGGAGCUGCGCUGGCCACUGGCCGCCUGCUGCGGCGGGGCGGCGGCGGAGGCCAGGGCCACGUCCGGCUGGACCCCGAGACGGUCAGCGUGGACGGGAUGCUCACGGCGUUUCUGAGCAACGAGCAGUACCUCCUGGCCUCGGGGUGGCGCCUGGAGCAGGGCACCUUCGCGCCCGACGGCGGGGCCCGGGCGAAGGGCCGGGGCGAGCGCCUGCUGAGGCCUGGC